CCUUGGAUACGCCCAUGUACCUAACCGUAGCUACUUACCAAGUCGGUACGGCACGGUGCAGUCAUCCAUGGACAAAUCCAUCGCCGUUGCAACACCACACGUGCACACUAAUCGCCAAGUCACGCGACCACUGCCAUUGAUCAAUUCAAGUGCUGAUCGCUCAAAUCGCCAUCUUGAUGCCAGCCUCAUCCACAUCAGCCAUGCAUAUCCACACAAAUUGUUCCCACCCGCCAAGCAUCCGUCCUACUUAUCCACCACGCUCCCUCCCCACAGUCUGCGCACGCAAUCUUAUCAUCCGCUCGGCUCAAUCCAUCCAUCAAUCAACUAA